AUGAGAACAUUACGUCAGCUUGCUAUAGAUGAGUUCACAAAUUUUCCAUUAGCAGCUGCAGUUCUACAGAGUGAGUUUUACAUGGGUGAUGUUCUAACAGGGUCCAGUUCAUUGAGGUCGGCAAAAGAGCUACAGCAUGAAUUAAUUGAGAUUUUAAAAAGUGCAACUAUGACUCUGCACAAAUGGUGUAGCAACAAUCCGGAGCUUGCAGUUAACUUUGAUGGUGAAUACACAUUUCAGUCCGCGAAUGAAGUGUCAGCCCUUGGUGUUUCCUGGAAAGCAGAUGAAGAUUGUUUUAAUUUUAAAGCGAAACUAGAAAAUGAGCCUAAAAUUACUAAAAGGCAAGUUUUGUCAACAAUAGCGAGAAUCUUUGACCUACUUGGUUUAUUGGAUCCCCUGAUAGCUAAAGCUAAAAAUAUUUCUUCAGAGACUAUGGUUUUUGAAGUUCAACUGGGACGAUCUUCUACCUGA